CACUGUACCAGAAGUGUUUUGCCACCUAGCCAGAUUUCGUUGCUUCACAGUUCCAAAAUGUUCAAACUCGUCUUGGUUUUAUCUCUUUGUUACAUCGCUGCAGAAUGCGGACACAUCAAACGAAAUGGCGGCUGCGAUAGUGUCUUAGCAUGUGACCGCCAUAGAGUUGGAACAGAUAUAUUCAACACAAUUACUAAUAAUGCAACCUACGGAGAGUUUUGUCAGAAAGCAACAGCCUUUAAAUCGUGCUACAACGGAGCUGAGAAGAAAUGCGACAACCAAGAGCUUAAGGAUAACUUGACUGCUGAGGUGAACGUGGCUGAUUUCGUGUGUUCAGAAAUAAGCAAAAAAGAUUUUUUUACUGUUGCUAACUCUGAGUGCGUCAAGAACGAGUUGAAGGUGGUAGAACUCGAACUGGCUAUCGACGGCUGUACGAAGGAUAGCCAACAGAAGCUAAAGUUCAGCUUAGAAAAUAUCACACCUGGUCAAGAUGCUUCGUCCUUCAACUUUUGCCCAUUCGUGAAUGAACUCUUCGUCUGUGAGCUCAAAAAACAUACUGACAUGUGUGGCAAACGUGUUGGAGGUUUCCUCGACGGCUUGUUGAAGGCUUCGACUAGACCUUCCUUUGAGCAGUUCAGUUGUGGCAACUAGGCCAUGAAUUCUCGUCGCAGCAUUGAGAUGAUUGUUCCAUUACUGUCUACGGCAUCCAAAAUAAAACGUUGAACAUC